UUAGCAUAUCGAUCAAGAUGGCGACGGCGUCAGAAAAUGAUUGUCUUAAUGAUCCAAACUUUGCAGUUAUAUGCAACUUUUUGGACCGCUUUGGUGAAAUAAUUGGUCUUGGUGAUAUAUCUUAUACAGAUCUCCAAAUCUGGCUUGAAGACACAAAGCAUGUUCCCUCCUUUUUGGUUGAUUUGCAUGUGAAACUUCUUAGACGAAUGGGGAAAAGUUCAGUGUCGACUGACAAAUGGGAGCGAUAUGUCAUUAAGUUCAUACACACAUACUCCAGUGUUGAUGCGUGGGAGGUCGAGCGAUUUGGAUACAAGCACUGCAAAAUUGCAACAAAGCUAACAAUCUUAAAGAACCUCCUUGAAAAGCAGUUUGACUUCAACUCAAAGUUUAAAGAACAGAUAAAUGCCAAACCUGCGGAGGAUAUGAGGUUCGAGCCUCUGGGUCGAGAUAAAAAUGGAUUAGCGUACUGGUACCUCAUUGAUAAGGAGUUCAAUGUCCGUGUAUACAGGGAAGACCAGGAUGAUGUUGAUGCGGAAACCUGGGAAGUUGUCUGCAAGAACAGAAAUGACCUGGCUGAAUUGAUAGAUUCGCUGGAGGAACAAAUUGCUGGCAACGAUGUAAAGGAGGACAGUGAGUCUGAAGCUGUAUCAUUGACAGAAGACACGAAUGGUGACCACAAGAAAGAAGUGGAGGGGGAUUCUGCUGAUGAGGAGGGAAAUGGAUCAUCCACCGUCAAGAAAGAACCAGAUAAGGUGGAUGAAGUGGACGGAGCAACAGAAGAGAAGGAUGAUAACACAGAGGAAAAGAAAAAUAUUGAUGUAAUAAAAUGUGAAAGUAAGGACCUAAAACUGAAAGUGAAAGAAGAGGUCAAAUGUGAAGAUUCUGUAAAAGAAGAAAAGAGUGUCAAGGUGAAAGAAGAAACUCAUCAAGAAGGUAAAGUGGAAUAUUCUGUUAAGGUUGAAGAAUCUUGUACUAAAGAGGAUAAAAUUAAAGUGGAAGAAAUAAGUGUUAAAAGUGAGGCCACUGCAAAACAGGGAGAAAAAGAGGAAAAGGGGGGUGAAAAUGAAGACUCGGUGAAAGUGAAAUUGGAAAAGGUAGAUACUAAAGAGGAAAAACCCACAAAGACUGACACAUUAGGUGAAGUGGAAGAGGCAGAAAUUAUAAAAGAACCCACAAAUGUGGAUACAUUGAGUAAAGUGGAAGAGGCAGAAAUUCAAAAUGAAAAGGAAUCAGUGGCAGAUACCUCAGACAAAAUAGAGGAUACAGGAAAAAGAAAACAGGGACCUUCUGAUAAAGAUGACACUAGCAAAGGGGAAGAGAGAGGAGAAACUAAAAUAGGUGAACCUGUAGAGGCUAAUGCUUCAGAUGGUGUGGAUACUGAGGCAGUAAACAAUGAAACAAUGGGAGAGCAAUCAGAAGGAGAGACUUCAGUGAAAGAGACUGAGGAAGUUGAUACAAUACGUACCAAUUUCUCAGUCAGUAUUGAUGAUAAGGAAGUGAAUAAGGAGAAGCAGGAACAGGAAAAAGGGGCUAAUUUUGUAGAAGUUAAUGAUAGUAAGAUGACUGAGGCUGAUAAAACUGUAAAAUGUGAUACUGUAACAGAAAAUAGGGAAACUGAAGAUGGAAAUUCUAAUAAUAUUGUACCUAUUCAAACAAAUGGUCACAAAGAAAAUAGUUCUGUCUCUGAACAUAAGACAAAAAUUGACACUGAAGAAGAUCUUGCAAAAAAAGAUAAUACUGAAUUAAAGUUAAGUCCUAAAGAAACUGAGAAUGACACACAGGAUGAGAAUGAAGAAAAACCACAAGAAGAGGAAAGCCAAAGAGAGGAAGAAGUGAAUUUAAAGGACACUAGAGAUUCGAAAGAUUCAGAGAAGGAGAAAGAAUUGGCGAAUAACCCUGAUAGGAAAAGUCAAGAUACAAAGUUGUCUGAUGAGGUGGAAGAAUCUUCUAAGUCAGACAGUAAAGAAAUAGAGAAAACCGAGAAUAGGGAAACCAAGGAAAUUGCACAGAGUGAUGUCUCUACUAAAGGUGUAGAGAGAGAAACAGAAGAAAGUACUGAAAAUAAAGAAAUCGGACAAGUAGACUCUGAUAAUAGAAAAAACAACACAGAGGCUACUUCAGAGGAGGCCGUCAAAGAUAAGGUUGACCAUAUAGCAGAAAAACCUGACCAUACAACAGAGAAGCCUGACCAUACAAAUGAGAAGCCUGAGGAUUCUACAGAGAAGAGGACGGAGAAAAAGAGUGAUGACAGUGAAAAACAGUCAGACAACAAAACAGAAGAAUCCACACAGGAAUCACUAAAGAAAGAAGUGCAGUCUGGGAAUGAUUCUGAUGUUCUGAAACAGAAAGAGAAAACAAAGAAACCCAACCUUAAAGGGGGGCGUAAGAGAGGGAUAGAAUACGAGGAAUCAGCGGAGGACUCCCCUGUGGAACCCAACUCCAAAAAAGCCAAGGACGGCAAGAAAAUCAUUCCACGCGGAAAGCGCAGGACUCCAAAGAAAGUAGACUCCUCGUCAGACAGUGAUGAUGUUCCACUGAGUAAAAUAGGAGGCAAGUCGGGGGACGCCAACAGGAAACGACCAGAGUCUUCCCCCAAUGUACCCUCCAGGAAAAGUAACAGACCUGUCAAGAAGAAAAAGAUUUCCAGUGAAGAGGAGGAUGAGAGUCCAAAGAAGACAAAAUCUAAGCGAAAAAAUAUAAUUGAGAAAGGGAGUGAUAGCGAGGAGGAAGGGAGCCCAGCACCAAAGAAAAACUCCAAGAAAUCAAAACCACCCACCAAAAAGACAAAGAAACAGGAACCAGACUCCAGUGAUGAUGAUGUCCCACUCAAAAAUACAAAAAACACUAAAAAUAAACCAAAACCAAAGUCUGAGGAUCCUCUCCCGAGCGACGAGGACGACCAGGGCAGGAGGAGGAGUGCUCGCGUGAGGAACAUGAGGCAGAGGAAGGAGCCCACACCCGAGCCCUCCAGCUUCGAGGAGGAUAAUGUGGAUAGCGAGUUUGAAAUGGGUUCUGAACAGGAAACUUCAGACGACGAAUUUACGCCAACCAAAGGACGCAAUGCACAAAGACAAGAAGCUCGCAAACGUCAGUUAGAAGAAGAUGAAGCAGAAGAGGAAAUUCCUAAUGACACUCCUUGCUGUAAAUGUCAGAAAACACACCAACCAGAAUGGUUAUUACUGUGUGAUAAAUGUGACGCCGCCUUCCACACCGCCUGUCUUAGACCUCCACUGAUGAUUAUUCCGGAUGGAGAUUGGUACUGCCCACCUUGUGAACAUAAAUCCCUGGUCAUGAGGUUACAAGAAAAUCUUAAAGAUCUAGAUACCAAUCUAAAGAAGCAUGAGAGAAUUAUUAAAAGAAAACAGAGGCUAGCAUAUGUUGGAAUUAGUUUAGAUAACAUUCUGAAAGAGGAGUACAAGGAGAGGAAGGAGAACAUAGCACCCGAGGAAGAAUAUGAGAGUGAGGAGAGCCGCGAGAGUUAUAACCCCAAACCCCGCAAAAGUAAAUAUAUCAAACGCUCCUGUAGACAGAGAAACACUAUCAGCUAUAAGUUUGAGGACUUUGAUGAUCUGAUUGACAAGGCCAUCAAACAGGAGGUGGAAGAAGUGAAAGAAUACAAGAAACAUAACUACGGUCGCAGUCGAGGUAAAGACAUGGCCAAUAUUUAUGAAGCUGAGGGCCGUGAAUACGUACCUUCUGAUGAAGAAAAAUCUGACAAACCACCACCAGUAGUCAGCAGGAAGAAGAGGGCCCGACGACUGACGACACUGGACAGCGAUGAUGACAAUGAUGAAGGAGAUGAAAGUGAAGAAUUUCAUCUAUCAGAUGAGACAGUGUCUGAAGUCCCAGAGGAGGAGCAGGAAGACAGCGAAGAUGAUGAAGAUGAAGUGUCGGAUUACAGUGAAGACGGUGAAGGCUGGAGGUCAUGUCGAAGGUCAUCCAGGUACGGAAAACCCACCAGGAGAAGUUCACGGAAAAGAGGCCGCCAUUCCAUCUUCAAAGACUUUGUUGUUGAUGAAGAUGAGGACAGCGAGGAUAACAGACGGACAGCCCGGAGGUCAGUUCGGAAGAGGGCGACCUACAGGGACCCGUCCAGCGAGGAGGAAGAGGAAACAGAGGAAGAGACAGAGGAGAGCUUCGAUAGCGCAGAUCUGUGUUCAGAGGACAGUGACACUAAAAACAAAAAAGGGAAACAAAAGAAUGAAAUCGCAAAAAAGAAAAAGAAAAUCGAAAGUAAUUCUGAGACUGAGGAGGAAAGUGAUGAAUCUCUUACAAAAAAGAAAUCCAAGUCCUCAAAGAAAAAGACAAAAAAGAAAGUAGAAGAAAGUGAAAGUGAUUCAGAGGAUGACCACAAGAGGAGGUCACGAAGGAAUGUGAAGAAAAUUGACUUCAAAUCACUUAUGUUGUCUGAAACUGAAAGUGAAGAUGGAGGGAAAAGCAGCAAGAAGAAGAAGAAGAUUUCCAGCAGUGAGAGUGAUGUCAGUGAUGAGACAGGAUCAGAAAGUGAAAAUGAGGAGGUUGUGAAGAAGAAGAAGAAUGUCAUCCGAGAUGAAUCUUCAGGAACGGAUGAAUACGAGCCUGAGGAAAAGGAAAGCAAAGAGGUUAAAAGUGUAGCAGACGAUAAAACCGAGGAUCCAAAACCAGAUGACAAGGGUGAUGAUAAAGUUGAUGAAACUUCUAUGGACAGUUCUGUUGUAAAAUCAUCUAACAACAAUGAACAAACUGAAAAUGCAGGCAUGGGGAAAACUCAAGAAACAACACUCUCUCAUCCAAAUGUUCCCCUUACAGUAACUAGUGAACAUUCAAGUGUUCCUGUGAAUAGGGGAUUUGAGGAUCAAGGCAUUACUCCAAAUAUGCCCCCUCAACAGGAAAACAUGUUUCCAAACUUUCCAAAUAUACCUCAAGUCCAACACAAUGUUGGCUUUCAGCCACCUGGACAGCAAUUUCCAAACCAAAGGCCACCUUACCCAGGAAUGGAAAGACCUAGUUUUCAUCCUCAGCCUGGUCCAUUGAAAAGCCCCCCUCAUGUACCCAAUAAUCCCCCCAGUCAUCCACAUAUCCACAAUCAGAGACACAUAUCAAGUCCAUCCCAGGGGAUGUCAAGUCCCCCUCCAUUCCAGAACAGAAUGGUUAGUCCACCACAUCAGAUGACCAGUCCACCACACAAUCAAGCCCCACCCCACAAUCAGAUGAAUCAACGCAUGCCCUUCCCCUCCAAUCAGAUGGGACUUCGUUCUGGUGACCCACAGCGCUUCCCUAUAGGUUCUCCUCCUGUUCCAUCCUCCCAGCCCACUCAGAUGCCAUUUGAUCUGAGGAUGAAUCAGAAUAGAAUGCCUAUGGAUUUCAGAGGACCACAUCCAAGGAUGAUGAAUAGCUCAAACUCAUAUCCACAGUAUGGAUCCAACAUUGGAAAUGUUCCACCAGGAUCCCAGGCUACGAACUUUCAAAAUCAAAUGAGAAUGCAUGGUCCUAUGCAGUCUAGGAUGGAAGUCCCAGGACAAAUGGAACCUGUUAGUUCUUCACCAGGUGGACCUUUGACAUCACUUGGACAGAUGGUUGCACCUGGGUAUCAGAGUCAACCACAGCAAAUGCCAAGACAAGGUGUCCCUCCAAAUUCCAUGAAUAUGGGAAUGGCAAGACAUAGUAUGCCCCAAACACAGCAACAGCCUCAUGGUAUGCCCCCAACUACUGCAAGUCAAAACACGGGUAUGCUGCCAAAUACUCAAGGACAGCGUAUACCUCCAAAUUUGCCCAUACAAAAUAUACCUUCUUCUGGUUCUCAAGGCGUUGGAUUCAAUAUGCCAGGUCAGGGAAUGCCACCUGCUUAUCCAGGGCAAACUCCACCCUUUAACAGCCCUAAUCAAGGCACAACACCACCAUCAUCAGAAACUCCAAAGGCCAAAUCUAAGCGAGGCAGACCUAAAGGCAGCAAAACAAAAAAGAAAAAGGAUGCACCAGUAGAAAAUGAUGAUUCCUCUAAAUCUCCAGGGUCUUCUCCUCAAGUAGAUCCUCCAAAACUUCCCUUCCCUGCUCCACACACAGGGGAAAUGGAUCAGAGACAGAUGCAUCCAGCAGGUGUCUCUGAAGGCAUGCAAAGACCAAUGAUGCCACCUGGUGGUCCGGAAGGGGUACCACAUAGACCCAUGAUGCCAGGAAAUGAAAACAGGUCGAAGCCCCCGCCAUAUGUUAGUAGAAAUGAAGCAAACCAAAGGCUUCCAGUUGGCCAUGUUCCCCCAAGUGAUUUUGGCAGCAGACCUCCUGAUUCAAAGACAUCAUCGACUGAAGCAAGUCAAAGAAUACAAGAUAGUGAAAAAAGUAGAAAAUCAAUAGACAGUGAUAAAGGGCCUGGAGAUGAAACUAAUCCAAACCCAGCAAGUAAUAUAGUACAAAAAACCCCAAAAAGUGAAGGCAGCAGCAAACAGGCAGGAGAAAUUGAAGUUUGUAAUAGGCCAUCUAGUCAAAGGCCACCCAUAGGUUUAAUGGGUCAAAGACCACCUGUUUCAGAGAUUGGUCAUAGACCUCAUGCACCAGAUAUGGGCUCAAGACCGAUGGUUCCACCUUCAAGCCAGAUAGGUCAGCAUCCUAUGCCACCGCAGUUCAGCGACAUGGGUCAAAGACCAAUUCAUCCAGGCAUGAUGCCUCCUAGAAUGAUGGAUUCUAGAGGCAUGACCAUGAUGUCACAAGGACACCCUAUGAGAGCACCAAUGCCCUAUCCAGGUUAUCAUUAUAACAGAGAACACUUUGGUAUCAAUGGACAUCCACCAUCAGUCCACUCUUCUCUGCAGGAUCCAAGUUACUCUAGUAUGAACCCAGCUAUGAUGACCUCGCCUCAUCAAAACCCAAUAAUGCAUCCCAGUCAAGUUGCUCAACCCUUGAGUGGAGGACGUGGUUUUAUGAUAGAUAAUCUGUUAGAGAAAAACCAAAAAUCUGGGAUGUCCUCAUUCUCUGAGAAUAUGGAGGAGGGAGCUUCUAAUUCUGAGGACAGCAAAACUGAUCCCCCACAGAUGGAACAGGAAUAUGGAUCAGGUUUCCAAGGUGACCAAGAGGAGGAGGGGGUGUCAGACAUAGCCGACAUUGUCAAGUGUUUUAAGGCAUAAGAAGCUGAUUUUCUCUUGUGUCACGUAAAUGUCUUCCUUGAUGAGUGAUAGACUGUUUAGGAGAACCACUUAUCCAAACAGAGGCUGCUGUUACAGUGUACAGAGCAUGCUCAGUAGAGGUUACAGUGUACAGAGCAUGCUCAGUAGAGGUUACAGUGUACAAACAGAGCAUGCUCAGUAGAGGUUCCUACCAAGGAGGACAUAAUAUCCAAAUGGAGAGGUUACAACUGCUGCUGUUUAGUCCUACAUGAUACAACAGCUUUAAUUUCAGAUUAACAGUGUAAUCAUGGAUUCACUUUGGGCUCUUUUCCAGUAUGAUAUUGAAAGCAAAGAAAAUUAAUAUGUAGUCCUACUUUUUCAAUUGUUGCAUUUAAUCAGCUAAUUAACUGAAGAAAUGUACUGUGCUCUUUCUUUCUGUGUGCAAUCAUCAAAUCAUACAUUUGUAGUCAUCUUUUAAUAUAACUGCCUCUAGGGUUGUGAUUGCAUUUUUACCUUUUUUUGUGUAAAUUUAUGAUGUACUUAAUUUUGCAGUGAUUUUAUUUCAGUGCUUUCUGCAAUGGCUUUGAUCUGAUGAUUUUUCCCCAUCUUCAGAAGUUUCAGUUUUCCAUUUUGCACUGAUUUAAGAUUGCUCAAUCAUGAUUAGGUUGACAAUAUAUUAAUUAUCUAUUUUGCCAGUUUAAGUAUGUAAACAGUAUUUGUUCUACACUUAGUUAAGAUAUAGUUAUUGACUUCAUUUACGAGUGUUACAGAUAAACCUCUUGUAUUUUGAAUUGCAUCUGUGCACUUUUAAAUUAAGUUCAUCUUGCUGUUUUCAUAAUUUGUAUAGUUUUCAUUUUUUUAAUACUUACAUGUAACUUAAACUAUUAAAGUUUAGCAUAUUUGUUGAAAUUGACUAGAACACACCUGUACAAGGAAGGAAUCUUGGAAAUAUGUUUCAUACAUAUUUCUGAGGGGAUUUUUUAUGCCGUUUACUUUGUUCCUCAAUGGAUCAUGUAAUUGUACAAACAAGCUUUACCAAUGCAUUGACUGCUAUGUGCAUAUUAUCACAUGAAAAAGUUGAUCAUGUUUUAAUGUGUAUUUUAAAAAUUGUAUAGUGCACUUUUUUUUUUUGCAUAUAGAAGAGGUGCUCAAGAUUUUACUACUUAUAUGUAUAUUGUAAAUAAUGUAACAUAUAUGUAAAUACAAUUGUUUUUUUAUCUAUAUAAAUAUUAGACCAUGUACCAUUCAUUCUUUUUGUAAAAUUAAGAUCAUAUAGAGCUUGUUACAAGUUACAUAUUUUUUACUUCAUCCUGAGACUGAAGGGCAAAGCUUUUCAUUGUUAACAUUUAUCACCAUUAAUUUUGCUGCUCCAUGUGGUCCAUAAUGAUGCAUUAUCUAGUUUUAGAGGCAUUACAUGCUAUUAUUUUUCCCCCUAUGAUCGCUUGUCAUAUAAAUGCAAAUCUAUAUUAGUUAGUUGUCUAAAGUAAGCCAUUUUUGAAUAAGUUCCCUUUUUCAGAAAUUUUCUGCAAAAGAGAGCAGAAAUAGUAAGAGGGACAAGGGAUAUAACUCUAACAAAUUUCAAGAACGUAAUUUAUAGGUUGAAGAGGUACAGUAGAAUGAAAAUAAUUUUUUUUUUGUAUGUUUGAUAGAAAAUAUAUUUUUAUUUAUUUUUUUUAACAAUUUACAAUGAAAUAUACAUGAUGGACUGCAAUUACAGCCCUUGUCCCUGUCAUGUGAUUUUAAGCACUAACAUUUGUUUUCAUUUCUAUAGAUUUUCAGCAAGGGAAAUUAUUUGAAAAUGAUGAUACAGGCACACUUAAUAUUUUUGAAAUGUUAUUGUAAAAAAAAAUACACAGACAAACCUCAUACAUUUAUUUGGCAAAUUCCUUUUAAAAAGAAAAUGUUUAAUAAUUUUUAUAGCUGUUUGAGAAUCCAUUGUUUUUUUUGUUUUUUGGGGGGGCUCUUAAGCAAAUUCAGUGACCUAAGCCUUUGGAUUCUUUU